CUUGUGUGACAAAAAGAAGGGCCCCACUUGCCGAGUCUUCUCCUUCCCUCUGCCCUCCUUCAGAUCUAAAACCCAAGACAUGCUUAGGCUCAGAUAGUUUAGCAGUCAAAGCCCCCCCAAAUAACUUCUGGGCUGUCUUGUUUUCUGUUUUUUUAACUGAGAUGGCGUUAGUGGGUGUCCAAGAAAAUGGGAAUGGAGAGAUGGGGUUUUCAGGUAUUCCAUUGGGGACAAAGAAUAAAUACAGAAGGAUGGACUCAGAGCUCCCCGAAGCGUCUGAUGAUGCUUCACACCAUCGUCAUCAAGAGGGAAAGAGUAAGAAUACAAGGAAAUAUGUUUUUGCCUGUGCCGUCUUUGCUUCUCUCAACUCUGUUCUUCUCGGCUAUGAUGUAGGGGUCAUGAGUGGAGCCAUUAUAUUUAUACAAGAAGAUCUGAAGAUAACUGAGGUGCAAGAAGAAGUACUUGUCGGGAUUUUGAGCAUUGUUUCGCUUUUUGGAAGUUUAGCGGGUGGUAGAACAUCAGAUGUUAUUGGUAGAAAAUGGACAAUGGCUUUAGCUGCUGUUGUCUUUCAAGCUGGUGCUGCUGUAAUGACUCUUGCUCAUUCAUUCGAAGUACUAAUGAUCGGAAGACUCCUGGCUGGGAUUGGAAUUGGCUUUGGAGUCAUGAUUGCUCCUGUUUAUAUUGUUGAGAUAUCGCCCACCGUUGCUAGAGGCUCACUAACCUCAUUCCCUGAGAUUUUUAUAAACUUAGGAAUCCUACUUGGCUAUGUCUCAAACUACAUGUUUUCUGGACUUCCAGCACACAUAAAUUGGAGAAUAAUGCUUGGUGUGGGAAUUCUGCCCUCAGUGUUCAUUGGGCUUGCACUCUUCGUAAUUCCCGAGUCACCAAGGUGGUUGGUGAUGCAGAACCGAAUUGAUGAAGCAAGAUUAGUGUUGUUAAAAACUAAUGAGGAUGAGAGAGAGGUGGAGGAGAGACUUGCUGAAAUACAACUAGCUGCUGGAAAUCCAAAUGUGGACAAGUCCGAAGAGAAAGCUGUUUGGCGUGAACUGUUGAGCCCUUCUCCUUCCCUUCGCCGGAUGCUGGUCACUGGUUUUGGAAUCCAGUGUUUCCAACAGAUCACGGGAAUUGACGCAACUGUGUAUUACAGUCCUGAAAUCUUCAAAGAAGCUGGGGUCAAGGGGAACUCAAAUCUCCUUGCUGCUACUGUCGCUGUUGGUGUUACAAAGACCGUUUUUAUAUUGGUGGCUAUUAUUUUUAUUGACAAACUUGGCAGGAAGCCCUUACUCUAUGUAAGCACAAUUGGAAUGACUAUUUGUUUGUUCAGUUUGGGAAUAUCUCUAUCUCUACUUGGGAAAGGACAGAUUGGAGUUGCCUUGUCCAUUCUGUCUGUCUGUGGUAAUGUAGCUUUUUUUUCUGUGGGAAUCGGCCCUGUUUGCUGGGUUUUGACAUCUGAAAUCUUCCCUUUAAGACUCCGUGCUCAAGCAGCUGCCCUUGGGGCAGUGGGUAAUAGGGUGUGCAGUGGACUGGUUGCCAUGUCUUUCCUCUCUGUAUCAAAUGCAAUUACAGUGGCUGGAACCUUUUUCACCUUCUCUGCUGUUUCAGCUCUUUCUGUUCUCUUUGUCUAUAAGCUUGUUCCUGAAACUAAAGGCAAAUCAUUGGAGCAGAUUGAGUUGCUAUUUCAGAACGAACAUGGAUGGCAAGGAAGUGAAGUGGAGCUGGAAGAUGUGGAGCAUCUUGUGCAGAAAGAAAUGACUGGUUAAAGGGGUGUUUACAAAACGACCCAAAAUCUUCCUGGUCCUAUGACUAGUUGGUUUGAAUGAGACUGCUUAAUAGCUUUCAAGGGAUUAGAAUUUGCAUAUGUCUACUGGAUUUACUCUUGCAGAAUGUGGGAUUUUCAAAAUGAAAAUUUCUACUCAUCAUCCCCUACUCCACGCACCAUGUGAUUUGUCUUUUUUAUAUUUUAUUUAAACACACAUAUUGACGUAUAAACAUGUAUGUUUAAAUAGAAGGACGAAAAUGACAAAUCACAUAUUGGUAUGUGGUAUGGGGAUGAUGAGUAGUAUUUAUCGGAGAUCCAGUCUCUCUCUCUCUGUUAGCAACCAAAGAGAGAAAAUACAAAGUGGUUUUGGAUUUAUUAUCCUUGUUGUAGACGAGGAGAGCAAACUGUUGCUUAUCUGAGCUGUACAUCUACUUUUAUUGGAUUGGAUUACGUCUAGAACAAUUGACAUAAUUGUAUAAGGCAUUGAAGUUGUAAGCAAUCCUGAUAUUGUUGCCUUCAUUGCUACUUGUAAUUUUCUGAGAUAUUCUUUUAAUAGAAGUGUACCAUCCAGGCUAUGGAGUUAUCGA